CGCUUCCAGAGUUCUCCUAACGCCUGUGUACUUCUGUCUUUAGCCACCUUGACUUGGUCCCAGCCAGAUGUUCAUGGUGAUCCCCCUUCUCCUCGGCAUGGACAUGUGGUGGUUGCAGUUGGGACCAAACUUUUUAUACAUGGCGGUUUAGCUGGUGAUGUUUUUUACAAUGAUCUGUUCUGCAUUGACAUAACAGAUGACAUGAAGUGGGUUAAGAUAUCGGCUACGGGCGACGUCCCAGGAGGACGGGCAGCUCACUCUUCCGCUGCGUUCAAAGAGCACUUGUACAUUUUCGGUGGGAUGGAUCCAACCGGGGCGCUGGAUACUACGUACAAAUAUCACAUAGAGCAGCAGCAAUGGACACUCCUGCAGUUCGAGUCCCCGCUGCCCGCAGCAAGGCUGGACCAUUCCAUGUGCGUCAUUCCCUGGCACACUCACGCCAGCUGCGAUGAUGCAGAUGAAGAUGAAGCAGGGAAGGGAGCAGCAGUGCUGGGCAGCGACGCGGCUGACCUGCUGCAGAGCACCGAGGAGGCGGCGGGUGCUGAGGAGCCCCCGCUGCACCUGCUCUUUGUGUUCGGAGGGAUGAGCGCGCAGGGGGAGAUGCACAGCGACUGCAUUGUGAGCCUCAUCGAGUAG